AUGAAUAAGCUGAUAGCCUUUGGUAUCUCGCUCCUCCUUGUUGUUGGUACCACCAUCAAUACUGCCGUCGGACAUCAUGGAUUUUCUGUGGAAGACAUUGCCAAGAAAGCAAUGUCAGCGACAAUGAAAAGUGUCGACGCAAUCUGUGCCGCCACUGAUUUCAAGGAUUCAUGCAUUAAAACCCUUACCCCCGUAGCCAACAAUGCAAGUGCUACCCCUCAUGAUUACCUCAAGGCCGCCUUUGAGGUCACCGCCCGAGAGGUGCAAAUUGUAUUGGAAAAGUCAGGSGUSAUUGCUAAAGACGCCCACGGCUCCAUUGAUAAGAUGGCAGUCGAGGAUUGCAAGGAGUUGUUGCAAUUUGCCAUHGACGAGCUCCAAUCAGCCAUAUCCAUGGUGGGUCACCAUGAAAGGCACAAAGCAGCUGAUCUGACUGCAGAGCUCAAGAAUUGGUUGAGCGCUGUUGUGUCUUAUCAAGAGUCAUGCAUUGAUGGAUUCGAACACCGAGAGGUGAAGAGAUCAAUGAGAGAUGGACUCCUCAAUGCCACUCAGCUUACCAGCAACGCCCUCACCAUCAUCGGCGAGAUGUCUUCAAUACUCGAAACCUUAAAUAUCAACGUCGGCUUCAACAUCAAGCCUCGGCACCAACAUCACGGACAGCACGGACACCAUAGACAUCUAAAUGCAGAUGGCUACCCUACUUGGUUUGCACCAUCGGACCGUAAGCUUUUAGCUUUGCAAGACAAUGGACGACUGGCGCCUAGUGCAGUGGUGGCCAAAGAUGGUAGUGGGCAGUACAAGACAAUUGCUGAAGCAAUUGCCGCAUACCCCAAGAAUAGUGCUUCUAGAUAUGUUAUAUAUGUGAAAGCCGGGACCUACGACGAGUGCAUUACAAUCACAAAAGAGAAGACUAAUAUUUUGAUGUAUGGAGAUGGGCCAACCAGUACAAUCAUCACUGGACACAAGAGCAACCGUGAUGGCAUCACAACAUUUCAGACUGCCUCGUUCUCUGUUAUUGGAGAUGGAUUCAUCGGCAAGUCGAUUGGAUUUGAAAACACAGCYGGUCCAGAAGGGCAUCAG